UUGCAAUGUAGCCCUCCCGGGACGUACAAAGGAGCACUAGACUGUUUGACGAAGACUGUUCGGAACGAGGGCAUCCGCGCUCUGUACAAGGGAGCUACACCACCGGCCCUCGGAUGGACCGCAAUUGACUCUGUCCUUCUCGGAUCCUUGCACAAUUAUCGUCUUUUCUUGAUUCGUCAUGGAAUGACAGAACGCAAGCCUGGAUCAGACGUGAAAAGACUCACCCUCCCUGCACAUGGCAUUGCUGCCCUCUUUGCAGGAUGGAACAGUGCUAUCGUAGCCACUCCUAUCGAGCUCGUAAAAGUCAAGCUCCAAAUGCAGCGACAACGGCAUGCUAAUGAUCGCGAAUUUAAGAAUCCCGUCCAUUGUGUUCGGCGUAUUGUCCAGACACAGGGUUUGUCUGGCCUUUGGACAGGCCUGACGGGAAGCUUGUUGUUCCGAAGCAACUUCUUUUGGAUGUUUAUGAGUUAUGAGGUUUUAAUGCGGGGCUUCGGGCGGCUAGAGGGAACGCAAUUUGAGAUAAGCGAUGGGUUGUCCACCUUCAUGUCCGGCGGCCUCGCUUCCUUUGGUUUCUGGUUCAUGGCCAUCCCGGCUGAUAAUGUGAAAAAUCGGAUGAUGGCUGCGUCCCUUGGUUCGAAACGACGGUCCGCUAUCACUGUGGCGAAGGAGAUACUUCGUGAAAGUGGUAUUAGAGGCUUUGUCCGAGGCCUUACGCCUAUUCUCUUACGCGCAUUCCCAGUGAAUGCCAGUGCACUUUUUGUGUACGAAGGUCUCAUGAAGCUGAUGGGAGCAGAGAAGGUGAGGGUACCCACUCCACCAUCGGACGUCCGUGUGUAUUGA